CAACUUUCUGGAGUGAACAGUGAUGAGGAGAGUGAGGGGGCGGAACCCCGCUGAGCCUCUGCGCUGAAAGACAGCCAAUCGCUUCGUUCUCUUAACUGCCAGUCACCGAAAUCUGUCCAAUACCCGCAGUGCCAUUUCUAAACUCUAUUCCCCACUGUGUCCUCCAACUGUUGUAUGUUCUGCCAAUCGCUUGAGGACAGAGUCGGAAAAGGAGCAAGCAGAGUUAGAGGCAGGACAAAGGAAGUUCUAUAGACGGCCAUAUACAUAUAUUUUAAUGGUUUCAGAAGGCCCGUAGUUGGCGAAAACAAUAGCGGUGAGCGUGGACAUGACAUCGUAGUGAUGGAGCCCCCUUUAAGCAAGAGGAAUUCGGCGAUAAGAUUAGCGGAUUUGGCAUCGACUCAAGCCCUUCCUCAUCAGAAUAUGACAGGCUUCCCGGGGAUAGGGGGGCAUCACCCGCACUCCCACCAUGCCCACCUCCACCCUGGGGAGAUGGGCAACGACCCCGGAGUGGCUCUCACUCCAUUUGGACCAGAGCACAUGGCACAGACCAAUGCUCUCAAACUUAGUCCCUCUCAGCCUUUACAAAGCCAUCUCGAAGCCCAGACCGCGGCAUCUUUCACCUCUUCUCAGACCACAGUUGGUUUCCCCGUGGCUCACCCCCACACAGGCUACACCACCAACAGGGACUUCAUCCUCAGGAGAGAGCUUUCAGCCUCUACUAUGCAUGCACUUGGCGACCAGCAUAGUUCCGCCUCCUCCCCUCAUCACCAUGGCAUGUUCAUUUCCCCAACAGGUGCUUAUGGGCACGCGGAAGGUGGUGCCCAUCCACUUUUCUCUGGACUGCACGAGCAAGCGGCCCCAGGUGCCCACCACCACCACCACCAUCACCAUGCCCUUAACGGGCAGAUGCGUCUGGGUCUACCGGGGGACAUCUACGGCAGGCCAGAUCACUUCGGCCACAGGCCUGAACACUAUGGAUCUUCUUCUCUGCAAAGCUACAACUCCAUGAACUUAAAUGUGAACCUUGCCACGGCUCCUCACGGAGCCACAGGGGCGUUUUUGCGAUACAUGCGGCAGCCCAUCAAGCAAGAGCUCAUCUGCAAGUGGAUUGACCAGGAGCAGACGUCCAAGAAGCCCUGCUCCAAAACUUUCAGCACCAUGCACGAGCUCGUCAACCAUGUCACGGUGGAGCAUGUCGGGGGACCGGAGCAGAGCAGUCACGUCUGCUUCUGGGAAGAGUGUCCACGAGAGGGAAAGGCUUUUAAAGCCAAGUACAAACUAAUCAAUCACAUCCGCGUGCACACGGGCGAGAAGCCGUUCCCGUGCCCCUUUCCCGGUUGUGGCAAAGUAUUCGCGCGUUCGGAAAAUCUCAAGAUUCACAAGAGGACGCACACAGGUGAGAAGCCGUUCAAAUGUGAGUUUGAUGGUUGUGACAGGAAAUUCGCCAACAGCAGUGACAGAAAGAAGCACUCUCACGUCCACACUAGCGAUAAACCUUACUUCUGUAAAGUGAGGGGUUGUGACAAGUCGUACACACACCCGAGUUCCCUGCGCAAACACAUGAAGGUUCACUGCAAGUCCCCUCCGCCCCCUUCCGCCAACACGGGCUCCUCUUACCACCCCUCGUCCACGACGAUCGGUGAUGCCCUCUCACCAAACCUGGAGCCUCACAGGAACCGUUCAUCGAACCUUUCGCCUCAGGUGACCAACCUAAACGAAUGGUACGUGUGCCAAGGGAGUGCUGGACCAAACAAUCUUCACACCCCUUCCAGCGAUGUACCAACGUCAGAAUCCGAUGACGAGGACUCUUUCAGACACACAGAUCCCAGAUUAAUGCUCUGAUGUGAACAAGAAGGAAUAUAUUCAUUAUAAAUGGUGAAAAAUGGUGCACAAAUUCAAGAGUUGCAAUUCGAAGAAGUGGAACACUAUGGAUGUCAGUGGGUGAAAGAGAUUGUUCCCCCCAGUUUGCCCUUAAAACAUGCUCAGAGCAUUGACGCAAUUUAUAAUAAAUCCCCUUCAGUAACUUUCAGCAUGAAAUGUCAGACAUGGAAAAAUCGAUUUAUACUUUUUUUUCUUUUUUUUUUUACCUGAUCAAUCAAAUCA